AUGGGUCAUGGCUGCCGCCUUUCGACGCAUCCACGCUUCGAUCAAUUCGUUAACAAUGCUGCCAGGACCACUAAACCUCCAGAUCUCGCACCAUCACAUUCCCUCCGGAGUGGCUUUACUCGAUAUGGUCGAUACGUCGCUGGCCACGUCGUCACUGCCCUCCUCAUCUCGGCAACUGUAGCCACGAUCCUCGUCUACCCCAUCCCGUAUCUAUUUACUAGUGAUUUUGUCAAUGGCGCCUCUUACCUACCUCAUCAUGCUUGGACGGUGGCCCAACCGCUCACAUAUGAUGCUGCGGUAGAGCCAGACAUAAGUAUGAGGUCUAUUUGGGUUCAUUCUAGUUACAUGGAAGCUCUCAAUGCCGACUUGCUGGCCUCAGCCCUGGAACUUCAGGACGAAUUGCUCGGUGAGACCAAAUUUUUUAGUCCUCGAGAUGUGUCAAACAAUUUGGCCAAGCGCGAAAAUGACGACCAGCUCUCCUUGGCCCAGCGUAACGCCCUGCACAUUUCGAACGGCCUCACGAACCAGUCAUGGUUUUUCCAUUCGCCAUUGCUUUAUUGGCAUAGCUCUCUAGACAGCUUGCUGGCCGACCUUGACAUACUUUCCACGAUUAACGAUAAAAAAAAUCAGUCCAACUUCGCCAAUACUACGCUACGACACUCGGUUGUUUUCAGCGGUAAGCGCUUUGAAGACCGGCGUCUAGUUGCUGCUGAUGCUAUUGUCAUCACCCUCCUUUGCCUGGGUGACUCACCCGUUGGCCGAGAAUGGGAAAGAAGGGCCCUGUCUUUGCCCGAGAAAGUCUCAGACAUAUUUGACGUCUACCCAUCUGAUGGAAGAUAUGCGAGGAGUCAGCUGUACGAAUUCCAAUUUCGACCUAUAUCACCACAGGAUAUCCUUAGCCUGGCGUUGGCGUACGGCUUUGCCGUGUUCUAUCUUCUCAUGAGCCUGUCGAAGCUGCGAGCAGUCAAGUCGAAAAUCGGGCUCAUCGUGACGAUUAUCACUCAAAUAACCUUCUCCAUCAUGUCAAGCUUCGCGAUUUGCGCUAUAUUCAAUUUCGACCUAUCCCGCAUCCCACAGGCGGCCUAUCCUCUUGUCGUGCUGUCCAUGAGUCUGGAGAAUAUCUUUCGACUCAUCAAUGCAGUCAUUCUCACGCCGUCCCAGGAUAGCACAAGUAACAGAAUCGGCCAUGCAUUUGGUCAAACUGCGCAUACGGCUCUGGUUUGUUCGCUGCAGAACGUCCUGAUCCUUGUUGGUCUAUCUCGCGUGGUCUCGCCCGGGGUAUCGGCGUUUUGUAUCUUUGCCGCUGUCGCAAUCGUCUUCGACUUUUUUUAUCUUUCCACCUUCUUCCUGUCUGUCCUUAGUGUUGACGUAAGGCGCAUGGAGCUAGGUGAUGCUCUUGCCAAGGCUGCUUUGCGACAGAGUCAACGCAAAUACCACGGGAACAGCCGUGGCCCGUUGUCCGACGGUUUCUUUCAGGGAAACAUUGCUUGGUCAACCAGGCUCGCGGGGACUGUGGUCAUGCUCGGUUUCGUCAUUAUUGCCCAGUGGCAUUUCUUUGGCGAUGAUAACAUGUUUCGCAAACUUUUGCGCCUUUAUAGAGGCACCGACAAUGACCUCCCAACCCCGGACUCGUCACUACUGCAAGGCCUGCAUCAGGCCAGAAGCCAUACCUCAUGGCUGAGGAAUCAAGACCAUGAGACAGCCGAGGAAAUUAUUCGGUUGAUUAAACCUGGAGCCUACAGUUACGUGGCCAGAGUUUUUGAGCCUCUUGUUUUCGUGAAGCGAGACUCAGAUCGGAUGCCGCACAGCAAGGAGCCCACACUGUUACCUGCCGUAUACGAUUUUGUUCACCACCAGCUAUCGCGCUUCGUUGUUAUAGUUGUCGUGAUAAUCGCAGCUCUUCGGUUGCUCAUAAACUAUCUUUUAUGGGGCGAAGAUGCAGAACUGGGGAAUGACGGGAAGCAGGAUGACACUCCUUUAGUUUCAGUCCAUUCUAUGAGAGGUGGCCACAUUCUUGACGUCGCUUUGCUGAGCAAGUCAAAAGCGGGGCACAUUGUUUCCGUAGGUUUGGACAGAGUUGUCCAAGUUUGGAACAUUCGAGGACGGGGAUAUAAUUACGUUGUUGCCGAUGGGAGUGAUAGCGAGUUGUGCCCGUUCCCUAUAUUGGGAAUGUCAAUUGAUGGCGCAUCGACUUGGCUGGCAUUAUUAUCGACGUCCAGGGUUUCAUUUUGGAACCUGGUAGAACAAAGAUGGGGCGGAUCUAUGCCUUUAGAAAGCUCUUCGCAAAAGCCGGCUGCACUUUUCUUCGAUCCUACUUCUGAUAGUGACAAGCCAACCAUUGUACUAAUCCACCACAAUGGCACAAUGGUCCAAGUUACCGCAGGGACGCAGAAUGUUCAAAGCGUCAGUUCUAUCUGCCCUGAACCCUUGGCACUAGCUUGUGCCCUGAUCAAGAAGAGCAGGCCUGAAGCGACUAUAUCAAUUGCCAUGGUCUCCAAACGGGGACAUGUCUACAUUGGCAUCCGACAAGAGUCACCGUGGAACACCCGACUUUUGGAUUUGAAGUCCUCGGACGUGGGUGCAAUCUCCCAGAUCGUUCCAUUGUCUCCUCUCGGCGUGUUCGCACUGGCAGCAAGCAAUUGCGUCUACCUUAUAAGUUCUGAAGAGGGAGAGGUGCUCCGAACCCUUCAUACAGAGAGGAUGAUUCCUCGCUCCCUUCAGUGCACUUAUUCAGGCCCUGUUUCCAAACCAGGUUUGAUGGGAUUAGCAUCUCUAAACUUGUGCUACGUUGGGACCGAGACAGGCGAUUGCGUGUUGCAAGCCUAUGUUCCCACAGAUGACUGCGAGUUUAUCCAUCUCCAGAGUCCCGACAGCAAGAUAAAUGACGAUGGGUGCGCUUGCGAGUCAGCAAAAGAAGUGAAGAAGCGAGUUAAGAACCCGGGAACGUGGCAUGUGCUCUCAGACGGUAGUGUAGUUGGCAUACGGCGAGUUAACCAAACGUACAAGGGGACCAGCAACAUGGGCUCAACUUUGCGACGAAGGCGCACAACCGGACAGAACAAUCAGUACUGCUUUGCGAGCUGGGAAGUAUGGGUAACUUCACCCUGCAAUAAGCCAGAUCUGGAAGAAUGCCGACCUCUACUCGAACUAGGAGAUGAGUCAAAUCACUUGGUGGUGUCAGAAAUAGGGCCGAAAGUCGCAGUAGGUCUUCGAUCUGUUGCAUUUGCAUUUGGCAAUGUCAUCAAGCUCGUGACGUCUGGUCCCCUUGAGCGGUUUGAUGUCGAUCCGGAGAAUGACAGUUAUGGCGCUUUGAUGAAUACGUCAAGUCGGCGCCGCAAACUAGGACAAGCAGCAAGGACCAAAGCACCGUGCUGA